GGACUCCCGACGUCUAGUGAUGGGGAAGCCCUGGUGCUUUCGGCCGCCCGAUCGGGUGUAGAGGUUGAGGUUGAGCCCCGGGCACGGGAAUUGGACGCCCGCAGAGGGGAAGAUGGAAGCGUGGCGCUGUGUGAGGAGGGGCUACGGCCGCUGUGUGGUGGGGAGAGGCCGAUACCCCAUGUUACCCCAUCACCAGAAGAGUCUGGCCAGAGAUUGGACGACACCGUGGGAAAAUCUGCAAAGGUGUUGCUGGAACAGGCAUAUUUCUAGUUGUAUGAGGUGGCCUGGACAUUAUUCUCGUGCUCCUUACCCCUACUUCAGUAGUAGGCAUUUUUCACUAAAUUGGAGACCACCUUGUUUAUUUGAGUCUAGAACUCCGUUUCAGUACUGGAACUGGAGACCUGACAACCUGAGCCAGACCUCUUUGAUUCAUCUCUCUAAUUACAUCAUGAACUCUGAGGGAGAUGAGCCUUCAUCAAAACGAAGAAAACACCAAGGCACAAUACAACGACAUUGGGAAUAUAUAUGUAACCAUAAUAAAGACAAGACGAAGAUCCUAGGAGACAAAAAUGUUGACCCCAAAUGUGAAGACAGUGAUGACAAGUUUGACUUUUCAGUGAUGUCCUAUAAUAUACUUUCACAAGAUUUAUUGGAAGACAAUUCACAUCUCUAUAGACACUGCCGGCGGCCAGUUUUACACUGGAGUUUUAGGUUCCCCAAUAUCCUGAAAGAAAUUAAACACUUUGAUGCAGAUGUACUAUGUUUGCAAGAAGUUCAAGAAGAUCAUUAUGGAGCAGAGAUCAGGCCAAGUUUGGAAUCUUUGGGUUAUCACUGUGAAUACAAGAUGCGGACAGGAAGGAAACCUGAUGGCUGUGCCAUAUGCUUCAAACAUUCCAAGUUUUCACUCUUAUCGGUGAACCCAGUGGAAUUCUACCGCCGUGAUGUUCCUCUGUUGGAUAGAGACAAUGUUGGAUUAGUGUUACUUUUGCAGCCCAAAAUUCCGAGUGCUGCCUCUCCUGUGAUCUGUGUAGCUAACACACAUCUGUUGUAUAACCCAAGGCGAGGUGAUAUUAAGCUGACCCAAUUGGCAAUGCUUCUGGCAGAGAUUUCCAGUGUCGCCCAUCAGAAAGAUGGCAGCUUCUGCCCUAUCGUUAUGUGUGGUGACUUUAAUUCUGUUCCUGGUUCUCCGCUCUAUAGUUUUAUAAAGGAAGGAAAAUUGAAUUAUGAAGGACUUGCCAUUGGCAAGGUAUCUGGCCAGGAACAGUCUUCACGGGGACAAAGAAUUUUAUCUAUUCCCAUUUGGCCCCCAAACCUAGGUAUCUCACAGAACUGUGUGUAUGAGGUACAGCAGUUACCAAAAGUAGAAAAGACAGACAGUGAUCUGACACAGACAGAGCUGGACAAAACAGAGGUCCUAGUGACAGCUGAAAAAUUAUCUUCAAAUUUACAGCACCAUUUCAGCUUGUCAUCUGUUUAUUCACAUUAUUUUCCUGACACUGGAAUUCCAGAAGUGACCACUUGUCAUUCCCGAAGUGCCAUAACUGUGGAUUAUAUUUUCUAUUCUGCUGAAAAGGAAGAUGUUGCCAGGCAGCCAGGAGCUGAGGUUGCUCUGGUUGGUGGCUUGAAACUUCUGGCCAGACUAUCACUCCUUACGGAACAAGACUUAUGGACUGUUAAUGGACUUCCAAAUGAAAAUAAUUCUUCAGAUCAUCUACCUUUAUUGGCUAAAUUCAGACUUGAGCUGUGACUCUUCUUU